AAAGUCCUGGCUUGGACUCCCUUUGCGUGUCGCUUAGCCAUGGAUACGGGCGAGGGGCCCGCGCUGCCCGCGGUGUACGCGGUGCCCUUGUUGCCGAUGAGCGGCAGCGUGGCGACGGAGAGCCCGGAGCCGGAUCUGUCCGGCCCCUUUGGCACGCCCGGGAGGCGGCGCAGCGCCGUGGAGCACGUGUGCAGCUGGCUGCAGUCGCUGCUGGGCUUCCAGUCGGACUCUAUGAGGAACCAGGCGGAGCACGUGGAGGCACUGUGGGAGUCCUUCCUGCGACGCUAUGACGAGCCCAGCCUGGCCCUUGAGGUGCUGGCCAGCCAGCUGCUGAAGAACGCCCGGAAGUGGCGGCAACAGGUGUGGCUUCCUUUCCUGGCGCCCUUGCAGCCCCAGCCGCAGGUCAAGGAUCCUCUGCGAGACGUCUGCUUGUAUUGGCUGAUCUGGGGCGAGCUGGGGAACCUCCGCUUCUGCCCCGAGCUGAUCUGCUUCGUCUUCGCGGCCGCCUCCGAGCUCUGCGAUAGCGACGCGGAGUGCCGCGGCUGGGCCAACCGCGAAGGGGCCUUCCUCGAGGAGGUGGUGAUGCCAAUCUACACAGUGAUGGUCCACGAGACCUUUGAGGUCACCGGUAGUCGCCCCAGCUUCCGCUUCGGCAAGUCCCCGGCGCCGGCGCGGGCCUGCAACUACGACGAUUGGAACGAGCUCUUUUGGGAUCCUCGACGUCUCCGGAGGGCGCUGAAGAUGAAGCCCGAUGGCGAGCGGGGCAAUCUGCUCUUCAUCAAUUCCUGCAGCGAAGCGAUCGACGUGUGGCAGAAGUUGCCGGAAAUCGACUGGGCCAAGUCCCUGCAAAGGCAUAAGACCCAUUUGGAGUUCCAUUCGCAUCUUCCUUUGCUCAUUGGCAACUACCGGAUCUUCCUGUUGCACACCUUCGCGCUCUGCGGGCUCUUGUGGUUCUGGAUUCUGCGCCUGGGGGGCCAGGAGGGCCUGGGCCGCAGGCUUUGGCAGGAUUGGGCCUGGCUCUGCGAGGCGGGGCUUGGCCUGGUGGCCCCGGCUUGGAUGCUGCUCUUCCAGAUCGGAUUUCAGGCGUUUACGCCCUGCCUGGCGCGGCGGAAUCGGCUCAGGGGAUGGCUGCAGCUGCUCUUCAUUGACCUGAUCCCGGUAGUGUCCUUCACCGCCCUGGUGGUGCAACACAACUCGCCAGGAGGCGUGGAGUCCAAGUUCCAGUACCUCCCCUUCGUGCACCUUACGAACUUCGACGUUUUGCUGGUUAUGCACACCUUCUUCUCCGUCUUCGCGCUCAUCUUGGCCUUGGGCCCUCGCUCCGACAACUUGUACCGCUGGCGCUUCUACCCCACCAUGUCGAGACCAGACGUGGUGCCUGGCACGGCCUUCUGGAUCUGCACCGUGGCGCUGUGGUCCGUUUUCGCGUCCAGCGGCGCCUGGUACUGCGCGCAGACCUUGCUGAGGAUUUGGGAUGUCUAUGACUCCCUGCUGCUGCCCAUGCCACAGCUACUGGCGGUGCUGAACGUGGUGAUUCUAGUACCCACCACCCUAGUCUUCUUCUCCACGCUCUGCUUCUUCCUGAACUUCGUGAUCGCCUUCAUCGGCGCCUGCGUGGGCGCCUACCGCCUCGGCGGGCUGCGGCUCAUGUGCACGCGCCGGGGCCUGGGCUUGACCUAUUUGCCGGAGGCCUUGGUUGGUCGGCUGCUGCACCUGCCAAACCACCCCAGCCGGGAGACCGGGGGCAUCUUCGAGCGCUUCACCUGGUGGAGGCGUAUGACCGACCUCGAGCUGCAGGCCUUUGUGGAUGUGUGGAACAAGUUGCUGAAGGAGCUCCGGGGCAAGGAUCUGCUUUGCGACCGGGAGGUCCAGUUCCUCGCCUUCAGGUCUGUGGAAGAAGCGCGGCAAGGGCAUGUGCCGCGGCUUUUCCAGGCGAUGAGCAUCAACGCCUUGCCGGCCAGCGCGGAGGCGCGGCGCCGCAUCAUCUCGCUGGCGCGGUCCGUGCAGAUGGACCCCUUGCCCAAGGCCAAGGUGAAGACCAUGCCAACUCUCUCCGUGCUGAUUCCUCACUACUCGGAGACGAUCCGCUACUCCAAAGAGGAUCUUUUUACAGACUCGGUGUCCAACGAUCUACUGAGGUUCCUCAUCAAGUACUACCGGGAUGAGUUUAGGAACCUGAUCGAGCGCUUGGAGAACUCAGAAGACUGCCAGGUGCGUCAUCGCCUGGAAGCUUCGCUCUUCGAGUGGGCCUCCCUGCGGAUGCAGACCUUGUGGCGCACCGUGGACGGCAUCUGCCGCGCCUACGCCCAUGCCCUGGAGAUGUUGGCUAAGCAUCAGGAGCGGCCUCCUCAGGCGAGUUUGAGCCAGGAGAUGGUGCGGCAGAGGCUACAGGUGGUAGUGGCCAUGCAGCAGUAUGCGAAGUAUGCGGACCCCAGCUGCCCAGCCUUCAGCCCUCACGAGCUGGAUGCGGUGGAGGCCAUGUUCGCCACCUUCGGCGAUUGGCUGAGCAUCGCCUACAUCGAGGAGCAGUCGAUGGGCGACGAGACGCGGUACUUCUCCUGCCUCAUCGACGCUUCCUGCGACAAGAUCCCUGUGGGCGUCGCCACCGCGCGGCGCCCCAAGUUCCGCAUCCAACUGCCAGGCUUCCCCAUCCUGGGCCACGGCAAGAGUGACAAUCAGAACUGCGCGGUGAUCUUCACCAGGGGCGAAGUGCUGCAGAUGAUCGACGCCAACCAGGAAGCCUACUUCGAGGCGUCUCUCACUCUGCCGGCGGCUCUGCAAGAGUUCUGCGACCCCGAGCGCACUCCGAAAGGACGCCCCGGCAUCGUGGGGUUCCGGGAGCAUAUCUUCUCGGCUGUGGGCCUGCUGGGGCGAAUCGCCGCGGACAGCGAGUUCACCUUCGGCACCAUGAUCCAACGGACUUUGGACUGGCCUCUGGCGGCCCGGUUCCACUAUGGGCACCCGGAUCUCAUGGACAAGCUGCAGGUGGUCCAGCAGGGCGGAGUCUCCAAGGGCACAAGGGGCUUGAACCUCUCGGAGGACAUCUUCGCAGGGCUGGACCUUUCCCUGAGGGGUGGGUGGACGGUAUACCGGGAGUACUUCCAUGUGGGCAAGGGCAGAGACAUGGGCUUUAUGAGCGUGCUGUCUUUCUACGCGAAAGUGUCCAUGGGGAACGCUGAGCAGGCCAUCACCAGGCAGUGGAUGCGUUUGGGCGUGCACUUGGAACUCCAGCAGCUGCUCGGGGUCUUUUAUUCCCACAUCGGGUUUUACAUGAACCAGUGCUACGUGAACCGCGCCACCAAGGCCUUUUGCUUUACUGCGGCCAUCUUUUCCCUGGCCGGGGAGGUGCAGGAGAGUUACAAGGACUUGGCCAAUGAGAUGAUUUCCAGCUACUUUGGCUACUUCUACUUGCUCUUCAUGGUCGCCUCAAUGCUGCCAUACGUCUUCGAGGUUAUGUUGGAAGAGGGCGGCCUAUCUGCCGUUCUGAGCCUCCUCUCCUCUCUGCUGGCGUUGAGCCCGGUCUUCUCCUCCUUCCAGUCCAAGCUCAUGGGCCACUUCUUUGAGACCACGUUGAGCUACGGGGGCGCGCAGUACAUCCCCACAGGGCGAGGCCUGGCCACGCGCCGCGAGAGCUUCGUGAAGAACUUCCGGACCUUCGCGGCUUCGCACAUGCACGACGCCGUGGAGGUGGUGCUCUUCUUGGCCUUCAGCUGGUCUGUGAACUAUGGUGCGGGCUUCUACUUCUGCACGCUCUUUGCAGCGGGCUCGUGGCUCUGCGCGCCCUUCUUGUUCAAUCCGAGGCAGUUCGAGUCCACGACCAUAGCGCUGCGAGACUGCGCGGAGUGGAUGGCUUGGAUGACUUGGCACGGGGAUAAGGAGGAGGCCUCCUGGUUCGCGUGGCAGGUCAGCUUGCAGGAAGCGAGGCGCAACAAGUCGGUGCUCCAAUUCAUCUUCUUCAACUGCCGCUGCAUGGCGGCUCUGCUGACCCUCGCCCUGGUGGCCUCGGUGCAUCCCUGGAAGAACCUCGCCUUCUGGCAGGCCUGCUUGCUUUACCUGCCGCCACUGGGGCACUGGGUGAUCUGCCUGUGCCUUUCCGCCGCAUUCUGCGGCGACUCCGCGUCCAAAGUGCCCUACGUGCUGAUGGCGCCUUUGGCGGUGCUGGUGAGCAUCCUCGAGCUGGCCGCAGCAGAGCAGCUGAUGACUCCCAGCGUUCUCUUCCACAAGUACAUUUGCAUCCGCUGGAUGCUGGAGGCGGCGGACGGCAUUGCCGCCAUCAAGCCCGGCAAGGCGCUUCUGACGGUGCUGCACGACGCCUGCCGCGCCUGGGCCUUCUCCUGGCGCUUCAGCCGGGACGCCGCCCUUGGAGCGCUGAUGGCUUUGGGUGGCCUGAUCUUCGCGACGAUCCCUGGGCUGAACUACUUGCAUACGUUGUUCCUCUUCCGCACAAGGCGGCCAAAGGAAGAGGGCUUGGCGGAGGAAGACGCGGAUACUUCUUCAGCCGUGGUAGAUGACGAUCCGCUGAUCAACUUCUUCCGUACCUUCGCGCCGGAGUGCAGCAUCGGCAACGUCAGCCCAAGGAACACGCUCCGUGCGUCUCGGAGCACGCCCACCUUCUGACGCGCACUGAGCACGGGGCCUCCCGGCGUGAGCGCAGAAGGCAGUGGUGUGUGCCUUGAUUUGCCCUUGAAUGACGGACAUUGCUUGCAAAUGCGAGAUGUUAGUGGGAGGAAGGAUAUACAUCCCGAAACCGCGGGAUUUGAGCCUGGCACUCGCUCAUCGCAACAAGAAAAGAAGCCCGUGCCUGGAGAGCUCGCUGGAAGGAGGUCCGUGGCGGGAGGCCUCCAGUUGCUGGC